UAAACUCGGAGGCGCGCGACGCGGCUCGUCCGCAAGACCGUAAUCGUUUUCGCAGGUGUCCUCUGGAAUUUACGCAUCGACCGCUACAUCUGCAAUCUGCAAGUCCGAGAAAAAUGACGUCCAAAUGCCCUCGCUGCGAAAAGCCUGUAUUUUUCGCGGAGAAGGUGAGCUCCUUGGGGAAGAACUGGCACCGUUUCUGUCUGAAAUGUGAACGCUGUAACAAGACCCUAUCUCCUGGCGGACAUGCAGAGCACGAUGGAAUGCCCUACUGCCACAAACCCUGCUAUGGCACCCUCUUUGGACCAAAAGGUGUGAACAUUGGAGGGGUGGGCUCUUACAUAUAUGACACGCCCCCUUCUACACCUGUCAACAAAUCACUAGACAGCCCGUCUAACGGGUCACCGACCACGCCCUGGGCCAACGCACAGAUCAACCGCAACUCCAUAAAAGUAGCUCCUGCACAGACCAGGACGUAUGCAGGGGAGACGUCUCUAUGCCCUGGCUGUGGUAAAGUGGUCUACUUUGCUGAGAAGGUGAUGUCGCUUGGCCGCAACUGGCAUCGUCCCUGUCUGCGCUGUGGGAGGUGUAAGAAAACACUGACCUCUGGAGGUCAUGCUGAGCAUGAAGGCAUGCCGUACUGCCAUGUCCCCUGCUACGGCUACCUGUUUGGGCCAAAAGGCGUCAACAUAGGAAAGGUGGGAUGCUACAUCUAUGACCAAGACAGAGAGGACAAUGAGAUUUUCACAGAAUCAUAACUUGGCCAAAUAUGUGACACACAGACACAGACACAGACACAGACACAGACACACACACACACACACACACACACACACACACACACACACACACACACACACACACACACACACACACACACACACACACACACACACACACACACACACACAAACACACAUUCUGCUUAUUCCUGUUACGCUGCAACCUGCCACUUCUUUUUUUAUUAAUAAAUGUGAAAACUUGCAUUUGAUUUAUGUUUUAGCCCUACUGAGCAGCUCACAUCAUGCUUAUGCUACCUGUCUACAUGAUUAGCUCCUACCCACACACAUACUCUCCCAUCUUUGUAUAGGCUGAAAACUGCAUGCAUCUAAUGUCUAUGCCAAUGCAGAUUUACAUGCACUUACAGUAGAUACAUUUACAUUAUAUUGACUGAAUUAAAUAAAACCUCAAUAAAGUAAAACAAUUAGUAAGAAAAAAAAAGCAUGACGAUAGAAACUGCCAGUAACCAGAAGUUGUAAAUGAUCUUUUAUGUAUUGUGUAUAAAUAAAAUGACAAAGAAACUCA